AUGGCUGACGCGAAAAUAUCUACUACACAAAAUGGGGCCUUGACACCACCCGUAACAGCAUCUGCUGACCAGAUGCCGCCUGCAGCAAACGCUGCCAAGGCACCUGCUGUCCCUCGAGGCCCUCCCCUCUGGAAGGUUCAUGAGCUACCUGCUCCCAUCCGCACCUUUCCUCUGCCCUCGUUCUAUCCAAGUAACCCGCUGUCGUUUCUCCACGUCGCGUAUGCUUGGAUUCGACAGGUCCUCUCGCCACCCCGAGAACCUGCCGCGGUGUACGAGGGUGUGUGGUCGCCGGCUCACAGAUCAGUGCUGAUCAGGGAUCCAAAGUCUAUCCGGGCACUGUGGGAGCAGGGCUUUUAUGGCAAAGGACAUUUGAGUCGCAGUGAGCCAAACUGGCUCAGGCGAGAGCAAGCCCGAAAAGGUGCUCACAGUGACCAUGUCGCUGAAGUCUUCACGAACAAGAGACGUGAGGAGCGAAUUCAGAUGAAGUGGGAGCGUGCGCGGAAAGAGCAAGGUGCGAUUCUUAGGACGCGGUACGAGGAAGCUCGUAUUGCACCUGUUGAAGUUGCUGGACUGCUGGCUCUUCCCAACUCUCAGCGCGAACUAAACGUGCUGAUCUAUGGUGUUGAUGAGUCCAUUCUCAGUGAUUCCAUACGUGUCGUCACUUCAAGCGAUGUUGACCCUGCCAUUGCCAUUGACCAGAAGACCCCGUUUGCUCCACGACAAAACGGUGAUGUCCAGCGACCCACAACGCCACAGGAAAAGGACAAGCUUGUUCUUGACCUCCAAGAUAUCAGCAGUGACCGCCAAGCAUCUAUCAAGCGCAGAAAAAGUGUGCGCUUCUCGCCAAAAGUAGAAUCCACCACGUUCCAACUAUCAGAUCCACCGAGUCCAAGUCAGACGAUACUCGGCAAUGGCAAUGGUAAAAUGCCUGAUGGUAUCUUGUCCAGUCGAUCAGCAGUAUCUCAGGAUUCUAGUCAAGCCCCAACCCAGGAACAUGCCAUCUUGCAGAUGAUCAACAGCCAUAUUGCAGUUGCAUCGGAGCCUAAAGAGCUAGUUGAUAAGGAGCAUCUCCAGCUGACCCUCGAGGAAGCAAUGUGGCUCAGUUUUGGUAUGGGUGUGUUGGACGUCAAAGACGAGGAGUCUGGUGAAUCCAUUUCUGUCGACUCUCUGUUCCAAAUCGGUAGAGAGUUCUCUCAUUGCCCUCCACAAUCAUCGCAUCUGCAGCCAGACGACCCAUUCCUGGUUCAUUACGCUGUGUACCACCACUUCCGUUCUCUUGGCUGGGUCACUCGUCCAGGCAUCAAAUUCGGCUGCGACUGGUUACUGUACCAUCGUGGCCCGGCCUUUAGCCAUGCCGAAUUCGCCGUUAUUGUGCUACCGUCCUACUCGGGUUCCUACUGGCGCAAACAGGGCCGUGACACAACCGACAAAUCGUGGCAUUGGCUUCACAUGGUGAACCGUGUUCAGAGUACCGCCUUGAAGACAUUGGUCCUUGUCUAUGUUGACAUUCCUGCACCAGCGGAAGAGAAGCUUGACAUACCCUCGCUGUUGAAACAAUACAAGAUCCGAGAGGUAAUGAUAAGGCGUUGGCUGAUCAAUCGUAACAGAGAUUGA